AUGGCGAUCUCUUGGGACAACCAGCAUAAGCACAAGACCAGGGUCAGGCGCAAACCCUACCCCAAGAAGCCCAAGUUCGAACUGGGCCAGUCACCUGCCAGCAACAAGAUCAGCCCCCACCAAUCCACACAAUGGGAGUCUGAGGAGGCAACAAAAAGUCUCUGGCCCAGAGGCCUAAUGAGGGUAAUUUCUGGGGCUCGAGCAUCCCAUCCCACUAGUACUGCCCUUGGUCUUGAAGGAGGAAGAAAGCUGCAUCUCCAGCCAUGGGAAGGACAGCUCCCAACUAACCAGUCCUUCUGCUCCAUUUGCCGGACUCCUGAGGAAGAAGAAAUUUUAAAUAAGAAGCAUUCAAAGAAGAUCCAGAAGAAAUAUGAGGAGUGGAAAAAGAAGGCCAAGAUCAGCCUGCUAUUGAGAGAACACUUCUGCCAGGCAAGUUCUUUGCCCACGUGGCAUCAUGGCGAGGACAAAGAUUUGAGUUCUAUCUAA